ACAUUUAACUCUUCCUCUGUCUCGACUCUCUAGAAAAAAAAAAAAACACACACAUUUCAAUUUGAUUUCUCUAUUGGUUUUUGAUAAAAAAAAAAGAGUUACAUAUAUCGAAAUUUACACUCUUUUUUGGUUGUCGCCGCAGUUGAUACUCACUGCAAGCUUCUCUUGUAAGCUCAUUCCCUAGACUUCUUCACCACUCUUUCUUCUUCUUCUUCUUACUUAAACUUCUGGGUUUGGAAUCUGGUACUUAGAGUAAGAGAAAAUGAGCGCUUCCAAGUUCAUAAAAUGUGUUACUGUUGGAGAUGGAGCUGUUGGGAAGACUUGUAUGCUUAUCUGUUACACUAGCAACAAGUUUCCUACUGAUUAUAUACCGACUGUGUUCGACAAUUUCAGUGCUAAUGUCGCUGUGGAUGGACAAAUCGUGAAUUUAGGGCUAUGGGAUACUGCAGGUCAAGAAGAUUACAGUAGGUUGAGACCAUUGAGUUACAGAGGAGCUGAUAUUUUUGUCUUAGCCUUUUCCCUUAUUAGCAAAGCUAGUUACGAAAAUGUACUCAAGAAGUGGAUGCCUGAACUUCGUCGGUUUGCUCCAAAUGUUCCCAUAGUUCUUGUUGGUACAAAGCUAGAUCUCCGAGAUGAUAAGGGAUACCUCGCGGAUCACACCAAUGUCAUUACCUCUAGUCAGGGGGAGGAGUUGAGGAAGCAAAUCGGUGCAGCUGCUUAUAUCGAAUGCAGUUCCAAGACUCAACAAAAUGUGAAAGCGGUGUUUGACACAGCUAUCAAAGUUGUACUUCAGCCUCCGAGUAGGAAGGAGGUCACACGGAGAAAGCAGAAACACAGAAGAUCCGGUUGCUCCAUUGCGAGUAUUGUCUGUGGAGGCUGCACCGCGGCUUAAGACACAACACCAAGUCUCAGCGACAUUGUGACUCUCUCUUUCUCUCUAUGGUUGUUGUCUGGUUCGUAGGUUGAAAAACUCACUAAAUGUGAAGAUAAGGGAACUGUUGGUUCUCUUAUUUGUAUGUGAAGCUCCUUUCUUUGUUUUUCGGUUGUGCAGAUUCUGUAACAUUCUCUUAUCUUGUUAACAAGUUUUGGAUCUUUUAGCAAAUUUGGAAUUCUUGAAUUUUGUUCA